AUGUCGGGGAUGAGCCAUGGAGGAGCGCCUAAAGCAGCGCGACCGACUCCAUCCGCUGUCUCCGCCUCCUCUGGUUACGACAUCGCCGACGCUGACCGAUCAUCCUCUUCCCAUUUCCACCACUCCUCCCAGUUGUCCGACGAUUUCUCCCUUGGUUCUCCCCUCAGUCCACCUGACUCCGCUCAUGUCCAGGACGGUUUGCUCCAGGACUCUCUCUUUCCCGAGUGGAGGAACGCUGCUCCCGACACGGGAACAAAAGCUCAGCUACCCAACCAGGAGCGCAUGGAAAAUCUCACGUGGCGCAUGAUGGCUAUGAGUUUGAAACGUAAGGAACGCGAAAGGCUUCAACAGAAUCGUCCUUCGAUGAAGAACAGUGGCAGCUCGGGACCGAGCGGUAUUGCCCAACUCCUCGCCCGCCGAUCGCCCUCGGUCACCCCAACAGAUAAAGCGGCCACCUCAUCCAUGGCGAUCCCCAUCAAGUCUCGCAAGGACCAAUCGGCCGAUUCCGCUCCCGUGCCGGCCUCCUUCCCUCACCCACCUCAGGACCAGCGCAGAAACAACGAGUUUGGCUAUGUACCCCGCCGUGUGCGCAAGACAAGCAUCGAUGAGCGUCAAUUCUUCAAUCUCCAGAUCCCCACUCGCAAGCGGCCAGCCGAGUCCUCUCCGCAGGUGCCGCCCGUGUCGAACGCCAUGUUGGCUCAGGAUCCCCAUUUCUCGGCUGGUGUUCCUGAUUAUACCCUUGAUAAUGCGUCCUCUGGAUUUGCUCUCCACCAUAACGCCCAAAACCACCACCACAACAAUAACCUCACGUCCCCUGGCGUCCCCUUUGGAUUAGACACUUUCAGCUUGGGCGAAGAUCCGAUUCUUUCGUCGGCCGGCCCUUACCAAGCGCACUUUACUUUCUCUCCCGGCGACUCUCCCAUGACGUCAGCCAACCCAUUUGCGAACGUAUAUGCCCAGACCCCGAUUGCCUCGUCGCUUAAUUCGACCGAAUUCUUUUCUCCUCCUGCGUCGGGGUACCAGUCCUCCGUAUCGACGCCUCAGCCCACAUACGAUGGGGAUCACUCCAUGUAUUUCGAUAUGCCUUCGAUGGACGCUCGGACUCAACGGCGUAUCCCCAACUACAUUACCCACCGUUCGAACUUGUCCGCUUCGCUGCAGCCGCGGUACAUGUUUAACAACAAUACCGGUAGCGAGCAGCAGCACGGGAUGACCCACGCCAGCAACCCGUCAUCCGCUGUUCAUUCCCCAAACUAUUCUGUCCCUCAGUCGCAGCAUGUCGACCCGACGCAGGUGUUAAACCCAAGCGAUUUCCCUACGUCCAACUCUCAUGCCGGCAUAUUCUCUUUCGGUGCGGAUUCUGACAACGAAGAUGAUGAUGGCAACAACUAUUCCGAGCGCGCUGGCCUGGCUAUGCCCGCAGACUUUGGUGACGAUAACGCCGGCGACCUGAACGGCUUGCACUGGGACGGUCAGUUCCCUGGAUCUUUCCACUCACUGUCUGGAUUCAGCGCGCAGCACCGGAAACAUGUCACGAUCGGCUCGACAGACAUGAUGGACACUCCCAGCGAAUGGAACCAAGGCAGCAGUCUUGGCCGCACGCACGGAUCCGCUGCCUCGGUCAGUGAGGUGCGCAACCGCGAGCAAGACCCUCGUCGUCAGAAGAUUGCCCGUACCACAUCGACCCCGAACACCAACCAGCUGCUGCGCCAGAGCAUGAACAAUACUUCUCACACAUCACCGAACACCCCUCCGGAAUCGGGACUCAGCAGUGCUGUUCCGUCCCGGCCGGCGAGCCCUGGUGGCUCCAAGAAUGGCGAUCAGAGUAAUGGGCCAACCACAUGUACGAACUGCUUCACUCAGACCACCCCACUGUGGCGCCGUAAUCCCGAGGGUCAGCCCCUCUGUAACGCCUGCGGUCUGUUCCUCAAACUACAUGGGGUGGUCCGUCCACUAUCGCUGAAGACAGACGUCAUCAAGAAGCGAAACCGAAGUAGCGCCAACAGUAUUGCCGUGGGCGCCUCUCGUUUCCAUGACGACACCUACAUCGAGCCGCGCACAGAGUGGCACUACAUCCGAAUCCCCCCGGCCAUUCCUGGAGGCGCGCCAUCGGCCGCUGGCAGGACCGCAGCUGCAAUGGGCAAAUCUGGUGUGGUCCCUAUCGCGGCAGCACCACCCAAGGCUACUCCUUCUACGAGCACUGGACAAAGCCGUAGCACCGUUCAGGUGGCCCCCAAGCGCCAACGGCGUCUGGAGAAAGCCAAUGAGACGGACGCGGCCGACGACAGCAACAAGCCCAGCACAUCGUCUGGUGGCCGGUCCAAGGUGGUUCCAUUAGCACCUGCCAUGCCUCCGGCGGCAGUGAACCCGGCCAAUCAUAGCAUUGCUGGUGGUCAGGGUGCAAGCCAGGAAUGGGAAUGGUUGACCAUGAGUUUGUGA